AUGGUGAUUUCUCGGUUAAAAGCACGUAUCAUUUGGCAAAAGAUCUCAUUGAGGCUGCUAAAAGAAGUAGUUCAGACAACACGGCAAAAAUCCGGCAAUGGAAGUGUAUAUGGCAUACCAAAGGACCUAUGGGUUGGAGAAACGGUAGGCCAUAUUUUGUGGACUUGUCCAUUUGCUGUGGAUGUGUGGACAGAGUGUAUGAUGUCAAUCCAGAAAUGCACCUCAUAUGAUGAUUCUUUUGUUAAUAUUUGGCUGAUGCUUAGUAAGCGUAUGGAGGAAGAUGGGAUGCAAUUAGUGGCGGUGAUUGCACGUCUUAUCUGGCUGCGUAGAAACAAAGUGAUUUUUAGUGGUGAAUUCCAAUCUCCCUUUGUUCUGUACAGAAUGGCCCAGGAACAAGUGGUGCAAUUUCAGAGAGCUGGGACGAGUAGGUGUGUGCAACGUGUUCCCCAACAGACCCAUGAUGUACAGAGGUGGAAAAAGCCUCCGUUUGGUGCUGUCAAGUUCAACUGGGAUGCUGCUGUUGAUAAAGAGGGGCAAAAAAUGGGGAUUGGCAUUAUACCUCGUGAUCACAAUGGGGAUAUUGUUGCUGCUCUUGUGGUGAUGAGAAUGUUUAUUACUGAUCCAACAACUGCUGAAGCUUUAGCGGCAUGGAAGUUGGCAGAUCUGUGUGUGAGAAUGGAGUUGGACAAUGUUAUAUUAGAGGGGGAUUCUAUGGAAGUUGUUCAAGCUUUGAGAAAGGAGGAAUGCACAUGGGGCUAUUAUGGUACUUUGAUUAAUGAUGCAAAGCUUUUGCUGCAGUGUGUCCAAGAGUGGAGUGUUUGUCAUGUAAUGCCUAAGGCUAAUGAGGCAUCCCAUAGGCUUGCAAAGAUAAAUCUCACUCUGGGUGAGGAGCGAUUAUGCACUGAGGAUUUUCCUUUGUAUGUCCGAAAUACUGUUCUCGAUGAUGUUUUUUCUGAUUAA